GGUGGAGAGAACAGAAUGAAACCUGGGCUUCGAAAAUAUGUCUGUGAUCUCACACUGGACCUAAACACAGUAAACAGACUCCUCUCUCUGUCUGAGGAGAACAGAAAGGUGACAUGUAGGACAGAGAAGCAGCCGUAUCCUGAUCACCCAGAGAGAUUUGAGGACUGGAGACAGGUGCUGUGUAGAGAGGGUCUGACUGGGCGCUGUUACUGGGAGGUAGAGUGGAGUGGGAGAGAGGUUGAUAUAGGAGUGACAUAUAAAGGAAUCAGCAGGAGAGAAGGGGGUGAGGACUGUUGGCUUGGAUUCAAUGACAAGUCCUGGAGUCUGUUCUGCUCUGAAAACAGUUACAGAGCCAGGCACAAUAAGAAGUCCACCUUCAUAGACGUCCCCUCCUCCAGCUCCCACAGAGUAGGAGUGUAUCUGGACUGGUCAGCCGGCACUCUGUCCUUCUAUAGAGCCUCCUCUGACACACUGACCCACCUGAUCACAUUCACCUCCACAUUCACUGAGCCCCUCUAUCCAGGGUUUCAUCUUUGGGGUUGUGGUGCCUCAGCGUCCCUGUGUCAGGUGGUCUCUGUGUCAAACACAACAUGAUGUUUCACUCUAAUCAUGGUCAUGUUCAGUAAGACACACUGGAGCAGCAAUGUAGAAUAUCUCUCUAGUCAUGAGAUAUAAUAUUAUUAUUAUAUCUAAAUAUUCAUGACAAUACACCACCUAAGUUAAUAGUCAUUAAUAUAAUGAAUCACCACACUGUGUUGUUAAAACUGGUUUCAUUUA